UUGUCUCUCAGUGUGAUGAACAGUGCGCACAUCCCAAGAUUACAUUCUGAGUCUGGAGCUCUUACAGAGAAAAUAACCUCUGAACGUAUUAAUAUGUGCAAAGGGAGUGUCACUGACUCUAAAGCACAAGACAGAUGGAGUGAUGCGUUGCGGGAUGGUUUGGGGGCAGGGAGGGUAUUUACUGCCGUGUAAUCCGCUCUGUGUGCCGAAGGAGGGGUCUGAGAGCCACCGCUUAAUCCCAGUGCGUUGAUAAGAACGUGAUGAAGAAGAGCUUGUGUUCAUGACAGGCGAUGAGCAGUGAGUGGGCGGAGCCAUGAGCCAUAGGGAGGAGCCAGAGGAGGCGGGUCUCAGAGGUCCUCCCCCUCAUCGCAGCAAGCAGCCCAAUGGGACACCUCUAGAGGGAGGUCGACCCAGAUGGAGACCAUGCCAGCUUCACAAUCCGGAUGCAGAAGGCCAAGGCCACCACCAUCAACACUGUCACCACCAAGCCAACCAGCACACGUCUGGAUCUAGCCGAGGUCCACCGCGUCACCGUAGGCGGCAUACUCCCGGUCAAGCACAACGCAGGCGGGCUGAGAGCGGAGAUACAUCAACUAGAGCUGGCCAACAGCCCAAACCGGGGGCGUCAAGACACCAUCAAAGUGGAGAGAGACUCCAUCAGCCCAGAUAUAGACAACAGCACAAAGAAGAAGAAGAGGUGGUCAAAACUCCUCCAAAAGAGCAAGCUUCAGAGCCAUUAUCUCCAGAAGAUUCCUCCCAAGAACGGCUGACUCCUCCUCCUCAGGAUGAAUCAAUCAUUGAUAGACUGGAUGGAAACAGUCCAGAUCUGUCCCAUUCAUCUGAUACACAAGUUGAUCGUGAUCCAGAGUCUUCAAUGGAACAGUUGGAGGAGAAGGUUCAAAGUGAAGAAUCAACAUUUGGCGAAGAGGAACUGGCGAAAGAGAACCAAGAAAAAGACUAUUUCAAAGAAACUCCUGAGCAGGACUAUGCUUCUCCUAAGAUUGCUUCAAAAAGUCAUCCUGAAAGUAAAAGAACCAGUCCGCUAAGAGUAGACGUUCCACCAUUCGCCACAUCUCCUCACCAGAUGAUGAACAAACCUUUUUUCCAGUCUCCACAAACCUUCCCUGAGACUCUUCGAAGCUACAAUUCAGACCCAAACUCAUACCCUCCUCAUUUUAACAUCGGUUACGCUCAAACAAACAAGGAUAAAGGGUUUGAGAGUACCUUGUCCCAUGUUGAAGACCAUCAAGAGGAUCUCUCAGACUCUAGUCCUGAAGCCUGCUCUGAUUCUUACCCACAACUAAGCCCAGAUUAUCUGACACAAUCAUACCUAACAGAUCCUAAUCCAGUCCUUGAGGGACCUCAAAUGCACGAGAGGAACCAGAGUGUGACUACGGAUGAGUGCGACUCUCAGGAAGACAUCGGUCAGCUUAGUUCAGUGGGCUCCAGGCUGCACCACUACGAUGAACAGUCAGGAGAUGAAGCCGAAAGCUCAGGGAGAGUCAGAGCCCAGGUCAGGAAGACGUCAAGCUCGACUAGCCUUUCUCAAGAAGCCUUUCAUCUCCUGACUUCAGAAACUGCUCAGCUUUCACCUGAUUUGCAGGUAGAAGUUGUGGAAAGAUCUGACAAGUCGUCCACUCCAGCCCAGGAUCAGAUAACAGAGUCUUGCAGAGCUACAGGAGAUGCUGUCUCGUUGGCCAUCAAGGAUAUUAAGGACGCUAUCGAGGAGGUGAAGACCAAGACGGUGCGCUCGCCCUACACGCCUGAUAAGAUCACAGAGCCCGUGUGGGUGAUGAGACAGGAUUUGAGCCCUGUUGAGGAGAACCAUCCUCAGCUACAGCCUCCGAUUCCCUCACAUCCACAGUCUGCAUGUCAGCUAUCGCUGUCUUCUCCACAGUAUGCGGCUCGAAUUCAAGAUGCUGAACUUCCUUUGGGAGCAGAAUCCUCUGGAGUUCAUCUUCAGGACCAGGAUGUAGACGUCAGUCCCAGCGUGCCGAGUGAAGAGACUAGGAAGAAUUUGGCCUCUUUCCCUGCAUAUGUUAAAGUUCCUGGCCCGUGUGACCCUGAGGACUUGAUUGACGGCAUCAUAUUUGCUGCAAACUACCUGGGUUCCACCCAGCUGCUGUCAGAGAGGACGCCCACGAAGAGCGCCCGCAUGCAGCAGGCCCAGGAGGCCAUGAGCCGCGUCCGGACAGCCCAGACACAGGCCAAAAUCAGAAAUAAGUAUCAGCAGGGCAGUGAGAGUGGGCCGCCGGCCAGCACAGAAGUGGACCUCUUCAUAUCGACGCAGAGGAUCAAAGUGCUCAGCGCUUACACACAGGACACCAUGAUGGACGAUCCGCUGAGGACCAUCUCGUACAUCGCUGACAUCGGGAACAUGGUUGUGCUGAUGGCUCGCAGGAAGAUGAUUCGCUCUCAGAGCGCACAGGAGAACCUAGACGCUGCAGAGACGCAGCACACAAACCCAGCGCGGGACGACUGCCGCCAGUACAAGAUGAUCUGCCACGUGUUUGAGUCAGAAGAUGCUCAGCUGAUUGCUCAGUCCAUCGGUCAGGCCUUCAGCGUUGCGUAUCAGGAGUUUCUGAGAGCCAAUGGCAUCGAUCCAGAGGACCUGAGCCAGAGAGAGUACAGCGACCUGCUCAACACUCAGGACAUGUACAACGACGACCUCAUUCACUUCUCCAAGUCUGAAAACUGCAGAGAUGUGUACAUCGAGAAGCAGAAAGGGGAGAUUCUGGGUGUGGUAAUCGUGGAGUCCGGCUGGGGCUCCAUCCUCCCCACGGUCAUCAUCGCCAGCCUGAUGCACGGCGGACCCGCGGCCAAGUCUGGAAGACUGAACAUCGGCGAUCAGAUCAUGACCGUCAACGGCACCAGUCUGGUGGGCCUGCCGCUCUCCACGUGCCAGAGCAUCAUUAAAGGGCUCAAGGCUCAAUCCAGGAUCAAGAUGAACAUCGUCAGAUGUCCUCCGGUGACCAUGGUGCUCAUUCGCAGACCAGACCUGCGCUAUCAGCUGGGUUUCAGUGUGCAGAAUGGCAUUAUCUGCAGUCUGAUGCGAGGGGGGAUCGCCGAGAGAGGAGGCGUCCGCGUCGGCCAUCGUAUCAUCGAGAUCAGCGGUCAGAGCGUGGUGGCCACAGCUCACGAGAAGAUCGUUCACAUCCUGUCAAACGCUGUAGGAGAGAUCCAUAUGAAGACUAUGCCUGCAGCCAUGUACCGCCUGCUCACGGCCCAGGAACAACCCGUCUACAUCUGACACUCUGCAGGGCUACAACACCCUCCCCUCCGCAUGAGCUGAUCCAGAGUUACUACUUAUUGGAAGAUUAAUAUAACGGUUUACAGAUUUAUUUAACUGGAUGUAUGUAUGUAUUCAUUAUUCCAUUAGUGCACCAUGUGACCUGCCUUAAUCUCUCUGGUCUGCCGGAUCUCUGAAGGCCUGGCAUUAGAAGCAAAGAGAAGUGAAUGCAGAUCGAUCAUGUGCUCGACACACGACUGGACCUAAACCGUCACAGAGAUCACUGAGCACAGUAACACAGGAACAUUGGAAUCGAGCUGUUAUUGACACAGAUCUGAUGUAUGAGCUGUACUCUUCUCAUCAAGCAACUCAAAGUAAAGGAGUCAAUUAACUAAA